ACAACGUCAAAAGCCGCUUGGUAGACGUUUCAGCAUUCCGUCAUCAUCCCUGUCCUUGCUUUCUUGCUAGAAAUGGAUCGAUCUCAAAUCCUCCUUCUAGGCUUACCAAUCUUUCUGUUUUGCUCAGACAUUCUAAAUCUCUUCACAACAUCACCACCUCCAAAACCAAAUCCAAAUGAUCACCACAACAUCCAUCAAUUCCAAACCAAACCUCAACAAGUUCUUCAACAACAGCCACUUCAAUUUCCCACACAGAAAUCAAGCACCAUUGUUGGAGGAUUAGGCAAUAUUGGUUUUGGCAACGUUAUUAACAUCAACUUCUGUGUUUCUUGUUCUUACAGAGGAACUGCUGUGACUAUGAAAAAUAUGCUGGAAUCAGAAUUUCCUGGGAUACAGGUUAUUUUGGCAAACCAUCCUGCUUCGCUUCCGAAGCGCCUACUCAGCAAAGUAGUUCCUGCUGUUCAGUUUGGAAUAAUUGGGAUAAUAUUGGCAGGCGAACAGAUUUUUCCAAGGUUAGGAUUUGCAGCUCCACCCCCGUGGUAUUAUUCGCUGCGUGCAAACAGAUUCGGAAGUAUUGCUAGCACUUGGCUUUUUGGAAACUUUAUCCAAUCAUUCCUUCAGAGUUCUGGUGCUUUUGAAGUAUUUUGCAAUGGUGAAUUGGUUUUCUCCAAGUUGAUGGAGCAUCGGUUUCCUGGUGAAAUUGAGUUGAGGGAUGUUGUUGGCAAAAGACUUGCUAUCAGAUGAUUUGUUCAGGACAAUGUGGGAGAUGUCUGGUCCUAGUCUUCUGAAGGUCUGUUUCGUUUCUUCUUUUUGAACUUUUGGUAUCCCAUCAUCUUUUUAGACUCUAGAUGGCCUUCAGUGCUCUGUGAUGCUACAUUUGUACAAGUUCAGUAUCGUGGCGUAAGCCUCGCUAUGAUACUUUUCGACAA